AGUGUUUCCAGCUACAGUGCGACAAAAACCAGUUGAAUUUUCCAGAAUGGCGUUCGUCACCUGCAGUUUACUUGCUUUACUUUUGACAAUCAAUAUUUUCGGGGCUAGCGCUUGUAACGAUGGCUACGAGUUGAUUAUUCAUAAGAUCGAAAACUGCGCCGGAUCCAAUCAGGUCAUCACUAUUGAUCCCAAAUCGACUGCUUCUUUGACCAAAGAUUGUAAAGUCAUUUCUAAGUCGAUGGUGAAAACAGUCGGGUUCACAAGUGCUAAGAUGACCGUUCUGGUCUCGAAGAACGGACUGCCGGUGGUGAGCGAAAAGAUCGACCUAUGCGAAAGCAUGGCGGACUCGAAAAACAACAAGGAUGCGGCCGAGAUCAUGACGAUGUUUGGCGUGCCGGAUAAGUGUCCCGUGGAGGCAGGCGAAAUCAAGACCGACGAGAGCCAGGCGUACAGUUUGGAGAAGUACAAAGACGAUCUGAUGGUGGCCGAGGGAAAAAUCACGGUUGAUUCGAAGAUUCUCCAUGACAAUGGUGAAAGCUGUUUCAAAAUUAAUAUGGAAGUUAAAAAAGCAGGAAGCCUGAUGGGAUAAUGUGAUUUGCUGGCUCUUGAACGAUCGAAAGAAAAUUCGAUUAUUUACCUGUUUAUCCAAACACAUAUUUUUUUUUGUUAUCCAACUGAGUGAGAUGGAUAUAGUUUGAUUCGAAUAAAAUAAAUUUUGGACAUGAAUAAAA